UCAAUUUUAUAUCUUCCUUUUUUAUUCUAAAAGAAAUGACAAUGUUGAAGCCACUCACAUUAUUAUUCAUUCUCAUCUUAUGCACUACUCUUGUUGUAACUCAAAGUAGAAUCAUGACAUCAAAUGAUGCCAAUCUCAUAGAAAAAACAUGCAAUAAAACUCAAAAUCAUACCCUUUGCCUUCAAUACUUGAAUGCUAAUCCUAAAAGCUCUACUGCAGAUGAAUAUGGGUUAGGACUAAUCAUGUUUGAUGUAAUCAGACUCAGAGCAUUGUCUACCAUAAAAAAAAUCCAUGAACUUAUUGCUGCAGGGAAAUUCAAAAAGCCUCGUCAACCAAUGGCACUUAAAUCAUGUUAUGAUAAAUACAAAACACUUCUGGAAAUUGAUGUUGGAAAUGCAAACUAUUAUUUGCUAUCAAGAGACGCCAUAUCUGCAGAAUAUAAUGCAAUGGAUAUUAUAGCUAAAGCCAAUACUUGUGAGAAUGACUUCUUUGGGAGAUUCCCUUAUGGGAAAGAAUUGCUCACUGAUGACAACAAUCUUAUGAUUGAUGCAGCAACCAUAGCAUAUGAUAUUAUUAGAUUUAUAAAGUAGUUACUUUAUGCUAAAUAUUACUAUGUAAUUUUUUAAAUAUAAUAAAUAAAAUGGUGUGGAAAUUCGCAUACAACUGUAAGAUUUUAAGACGAUAUUUGUCAGUUGA